AUGCGGCGACUGUGUGCAUUCCGCACAGGGACGCCGACAGUGCCGCAUCGACGCUUUGGCAACGCACCGAACCGUGUGCGUCCCGUGGAGACGCCAGGCAUGCACGCAUGGCGACAGACCGAGCGUGAGGUGAGCGUCGCUGUGGCGCUUGCGGUGAUGUUUGUAGUGCCCGUUUGGGUUGUUCUGCUCUCGGGCUUGCGGGAGGAGCAGAAGCGUGAGAGUGUGAGGCGGUGGGCCAUGGAGCAGAAGCGUGGCGGCGAGUGA